AACUAAUUUUGAGAUCAUAACAGAAAUGGUUAAAGCUUUCAAAUCUACUAAGGUCUACAAAUUAUCGACCGGUUCGUCUAUCCCCGCCCUUGGUUUGGGCACUUGGAGAGCGACUGAUGAAGAAGUUUACAACUCCGUCUUAACCGCUUUGAAAGCUGGUUACAGACAUAUUGAUACUGCUGCUGGUUACGGUAACGAAGAACCAAUCGGUAAAGCUAUAAAAGAUUCUGGAAUUUCCAGAGAUCAGAUAUUUGUCACUACAAAGUUAUGGUCGACUAAGCACUAUGAUCCUGAAUCGGCAUUGAAAGAAUCCCUUUCUAAGUUGGGUCUUGAAUAUGUUGACUUAUACUUGAUGCAUUGGCCAUUGGCUAUGAACCCAAAUGGUAAUCACCCAGCCAUUCCAACCAGACCAGAUGGAUUAAGAGAUAUUGUGUAUGAUUGGAGCUUUACUAAGACCUGGAAAUUAAUGGAACCUUUGGUGGAACAAGGAUUAACUAAAUCCCUUGGUAUUUCCAACUGUACUGUUUCUAAAAUGAAGGAAUUAUUCGAUUCCGGUUUAAAGGUCAAACCCGUGUGUAACCAAGUUGAAUUGCACCCAUACUUGCCACAACAUAAAUUGUUGGAAUUUGCCAAAGAACAUGAUGUCGUUCUUGAAGCUUACUCCCCAUUGGGUUCCGCCGACGCUCCUUUGUUAAAGGAUGAAUCUAUCAAAGCCAUUGCUGAAAAGUAUGGUGUGUCUUCAGCUACAGUGAUUAUUUCUUGGGCUAUUUGGAGAGGAACUGUCGUUUUGCCAAAAUCUGUUAAACCUGAAAGAAUUGAAAGCAACCUCGAGAUCAUUGAGCUCGAGGAUAAAGAUGGAGAAGCCUUGAACAGAAUUGCUGAAAAUAGAGGGGGCCCUCAAAGAUUCGUCUCUCCUCCUUGGGAUCCUGUUGUCAUCUUUGACUCUUCUGAAUAGAUUAGAAUGAUUUCUGCUUAAUAUAAGAUCUUCUUUCGU